GUGGAAGGUUGGUCAAAAUGUUUCCCGAUUACGAGUACUUCUUUAACCAGUACAAGGGCAUGUGCCCUUUCACUUGCCUGCCCUUGGAAGUUUUCCAACCGGAUAUUUUGGCCGUGCCCGCCUAUGUGGAAGAUUAUGAAGUGAUAACAUCGGAAUAUGACACGUCGAUCGAGACCUACCCUGUCAGUCCCGUUGCCUCACCUAUCAACGAGCCGCCGUAUCAUUGGACUCAAGCAGUUGCCACGAGACUCGUGCCUGUGGCAUCUGACUUCAAAUUCACUUUCACGAAGACACUCAGUACUGACAGUGACGGUACAGACACUGAUGGUACAGAAGCCGACGGUGACGACGAGCAUUGCGGUCCAAACCCUCCAGCCCCGGUCAAACCGGCGCCCCUGCCUCCUCUUGGCUCUACGCCGAGGAGGCAAUCCCGGAGGAGGCUAAUAAUUAUUACAAAGGUCAGGCGAAUUGACUUCGACGUGCCGGAGGAAUAAUUAGAACGUCCACGGCUGGACAAAGGUCUCCCCGAGGAUGUCUCACGCCUGGCCUGCGGUGCCGUACCCAGGUGCUUACCAUGACCUUCAUCGGUCCAUCGAGAGGAAGGGCCUAGUGGAAGGUCUUCUGGUCCGUAACGGAAUAUUUUGUAAUUAUUGAACUGAACAAUUGUAAUACUCGUACGUUUUACCAUAAUUUAUGUGAACCUUAGUUAAGUUAAUUUGAAGCGUAUUAGAAUGUGAAUAUUUGUAAUUAGUUUGUAAGUUUGUUAUGUUGUAAAGUUUUUAAGAGUUUUAUGUUCAAU